GAUGACGACACCUCACUUCACAACACUCAGGGUUAAUACAUUGAAGUCGUCGGUGAAAGACGUUAUAGCAGCAGUAAAUGACGCCCUGCAGAAAUAAAGAUAGGUUAAGCCAAAGGUUAUGGCCGACACAACCUCUACAUCCAUCAUGCCUGCUUCUCCAGAACAAACAAGCACACUCGCGAGCGUGUGGAUAGUUCCCCAAAUGUAGCCAAGCAUUUGUAGAGACUUGGAGUUUGCGGCAAGCCCCAAGCAUGUGGACGCGGCAUAAUUUUUCAGCAGUGUGAGGAAUAUGGAAUUGAUGAGAUGCCACAAGUCUUUGUGCACCCUAAAUUACCAGAAACUGUUGUUGUUGGUCCCUGGAAUGUGAAUGAACUUGAUCUGGAUAUAAAGCAACAAGAAGUAAUUGUUGAUGUAGCUUGUGGCAUUGCAGUUCUAAGAGGAGCUGAUGUUUUUGCACCUGGUGUGAUGGGGAUGCAAACAGGUGCACAGAUUGGAGAUAUUGUAAGUGUUUUUGCAGAUGUCUCCAAAAAUUGUAAGAAAGGAUUGCAGUGUGUCUACCCUGAUGACCAGAAAUAUUUUGUUGGGAAUGGUAUUGUGAGGAUGUCAAGAAAACAACUCUAUGGCAAGGAUGCCCAGCCAAUUGGAGUGGCUGUAAGGAUGCUGUCUCGUCCUUCAGGGUGUCCCUCUGUUCCAUCACUUUUGGGUAUGGCAAUCCUGCAGAACCUCCCAUCAAUACUUACAUGUCAUGCACUGGAUCUUUCACCAGGGCAUUAUGUUCUUGAUUGCUGUGCCGCUCCUGGGAACAAAACAUUGCACAUAGCAAGUUUGAUGAAUGACAAGGGACGGAUUGUUGCUGUUGACAAGACACAGGGAAAAGUGAAUAUUAUUAAAAGAAAAUGUGAAGAGUUCUCUGUGAAAUGUGUGGAAACAUAUGUUGGGGACACUACAAAAUCAGUUCAAACCCUUGACACAAACAUGUGUAAGGCAGGUGAAGAUCAUUCCUUGCCGCACUGCCCAUUAUUUCCUCCUGAAUCAUUUGAUCGUGUCCUGUUAGAUGCACCAUGCAGUGCUUUGGGGCAGAGGCCACAGUUACGCAAUGAUAUCAGCAUACAACAGUUACAGUCAUACCCUAUUCUUCAGCGUAAACUUUUCAAAGCUGCAUACACUUUGCUGAAGCCAGGUGGUUAUCUUGUGUACAGUACAUGCACAGUGAAUGUAGCAGAAAACGAGGCAAUUGUUGGCUGGGCACUUAAGGCAUACCCACAGCUUGUUCUUGAGCCAAUAAUACCAAUUAUUGGAGGACCUGGAAUUCCUCAUGCUGGAAACCUGACAGAAGAACAGACUGAAUGUGUUCAGAGAUUUGGUCCACCAGUGGAGGGUUCUGUUAAGGGCUGUGAUACGGAUACUGUUGGUUUCUUUAUUGCUCGUUUUCGAAAGAAAGUGCUGCACCACUGUUGAUGGUGUCUGUGAUCUGUAUUCUCUCUGUAAGAAAUUGUAUUGAAGCUUUUACAUUAAAAUUGUUAUGAAAUUCUAA